AUGUCUUCGUCUCUCACGCGCCUCAUCCCUCCCACCCCAGCCCAAUCCAGUGCCAAAGCACGGCUACUCACUCCCACGACGCAACCGAUCCCACUCCAGAGCUCGGCACUAGCAAAGCGAUACAGCUACAUCCACACCGCACUGGUACCGGCGUACUACUACCUCCGUGCAUCAGAGCUGGUCAAGGAUCCUCUGCCGACACUAAUCACAGAUGUCGUGGUCGUGGCCUUGGUGCAGGCACUCUUCUGUGUCCUCUCACUCCCAACUGCUGGAAGCUGGGCUAGUGGUACCAGUGGAGGCAAGAUAAUCGAGGGGACGGCCACGAUCAAGAGUCCUAAGGCUUCCAAGGUUACUGGAGGGGCCUCCGCGGUCGGUAGCAUGCGGAAGAAGGUCGGGCCUGUGGGAGCCAAAAGUUCAUCCAGACCGGGUGUCAUCACUGAGAGCGUUGGGCAGAGAGUCAUGCCAACUUUCUUCUCCCUCGUUCUAACUCUCGUCGUUCCGCCAAUCCCCCUCACGAUCAUCGCCCUCGUUCUCGGCGCGCCUCUCUACCCAACCUCUCUCCUAUAUCACACCCUCCUCCUCGCGCUGCAUGUAUCUCUACUCGCCUUCCUACCUAUCUUCUACGCGCACGGUGUCUCCUCCUCUGCUUGGCGUGAUGUGGCUGCUGCAUGGCUGCCGUUCGACGAAGCAGGUGUGUGGGCCGGCACUGUUGGAGCCAUGGUGGGCGGUUGGGUCGGUGCGGUCCCUAUUGCGCUUGACUGGGAUCGUGAGUGGCAGAAAUGGCCAUGCACGGUCGUCUGGGGUGUUGUGCUGGGGUGGACAAUGGGGAGAGUUCUGACGAGUGUUGUUGGGUUGGGUGUCGGUAAGAGGAUCGACCUCAGCGAGACGGAGGAGGAAAAUCACCAUGCGAGACCCGAAUUCGUCCUCGCGGAGAAGAGUCGUUGA